AUGAGGUCUUGUACCCAGGGUGGAAUUGGCGAAUGCUCGACAUCGGCCGUGAAGGGAUUCCCCGAUGCCCUGGGCGCUAGCACGGAGCUGGCAGACGACGACGACUAUGACAAAUACGUGAGGCAUCACGCGCAACAUCGGUCGCGGUCUUCGCCUUCACGGUCGCGAGCAUUAGAACCGCCAGAGUCGCCCCGCCAGCGCAGUCCAUCUGUGUCGCCUGACCGCCGCAGACAUCCAAAUAAUUCAGAACGGGCUGUAUCUCCAUGUUUGUUUCGAUCGGCUUACUUCUCCCCACGGCCACCGGCGGCGCCACUUUCUCUGGUGCUGCGCAGACCACUAACGCCUCUCGAGCCCUACACACCCUCACCACGGCCUCAGAAGCCCCAACAAACUACACAAAACCACAUAUCAAGAAUACCUAGAUCCCUGGAGUCACACAGAACACCCAAGUCUCUUCGUCGUUCAACUCAACGCAGGCGUGGCAGACGCACCGUUAAUCUUAUACUACGAGAGUUGAUGUCAACGCUGCCGUUGCCAGUUACGACAACCCCCUCCACCGCCUUCAACGCUCCGGUCUCCGCUGCGCAGGCGCAUGAUGUCCGCGAUGUAGCUGUGCAGGCUAUCACAACGUAA